AUGGCACAGCAGCGAGCAGCCGAGCAGUUCCUGAAGGGAACCUACAGGAAAGAUGGGGCAAGAGCCUGGUGUGACAGGACGAGAGGGAAUGGCUUCAGAUUGAAAAAAAGUGCUCCCUUUCAAAGGUCUCAGCAUCCCCAUGCUACCUCCUGCCGGCAUUUCCACCUGGGUCCCCAGCCUCAGCUCUCGGCCGACUUCGCCCUGCCUCACGCGGUGCAGCCGCAGCCGGGGCUGGCUCCCCACAUGGCCCCCGCGCACCAGCACAGCGGCGCCCUGCACCAGCCCCUGGCGCCGGUGCCCGCCCUGCCCUUCCAGGACGUCGCCGGGCCCUCCUUCCUACCUCAGGCGCUACACCAGCAAUACCUCCUCCAGCAGCAGCUCCUCGAGGCGCAGCACCGCCGGCUCAUGCCCCAUCCCAGGCGGGCCCAAGAGCGCAUGUCUGUCCAGCCUCACCGCCUACACCCCAGCUUCGACUUCAGCCACCAACUGCAGACUCCACAACCCAUGGGCCCCCAGCCCAGGUAUUUGGCAGAGGGCACGGACUGGGACCUCAGCGUCGACGCGGGGCUGACUCACGCCCAGUUCCAGGUCCGGCCGGUGCCCCAGCCCUAUCAGCAUUACUUGGCUACACCUCGGAUGCACCACUUCCCCAGAAGCACAUCCUCAACCCAGGUGGUUGUUCAUGAAAUCAGAAAUUACCCUUACCCUCAGCUUCAGCUGCUUGCUCUUCAGGGACUGAACCCAAGCAGGCACACAUCCGCUGUGCGGGAGAGCUAUGAAGAGCUGCUGCAGCUGGAGGACAGGCUGGGCAGCGUGAGCCGGGGCGCCGUCCAGAACACCAUCGAGAGAUUCACCUUCCCCCACAAGUACAAGAAGGCUAGGAAGCUGCGGGCCAAAUUUUCAAAAGGGUCUCAACCUUCUCCCACCCAGCGGGUGCAAUUUCCCCCCUGUCCGCACCUGAGAAGACCACAGGAAGGCAAAGCUGAGCAAGACGAUGGCGAGGAGUCAGAUACCGACGAGAAAUGCACAAUCUGUCUGUCCAUGCUUGAAGAUGGAGAGGACGUCAGGCGGUUGCCCUGUAUGCAUCUCUUUCACCAAGUGUGCGUGGACCAGUGGCUGGCCACCAGCAAGAAGUGCCCGAUCUGCAGGGUGGACAUUGAAACACAGCUCGGCUCGGACAGCUGAAAAGACUAGCUGGACACACCAUUUUCCUUACCAGGUCGUAUGGCCAUAAACCCUUGCAGCGAAAUUUUUUGCCUUCUGAGCCAUUUGAUUGAGAGGGGAAGUCUGCAGGCACGGUAGUGAGGAGGAGGAGGAGGUGAUACAAUAUCUAGCAGUAGGAGAUGUUGCACAUAUACGCAGGAUACAGGCCCAGUGAAAGGGAGCUGGCAUUCCCGGAGCUCAGAGACCCCGUGCUGCAGAAGAUUUUAGUGUUGAAUAUGAAGGAACUAGUUGUGGUAGUCCGGCCUGUCAAUCCUGCUUUUCAUGGGGAUUGUAUAUAUACCUCUCAAAUAUGUAGAAACAUGUUAGGGGUCCUUUAGCUAUUUCUAUGGAUGGCAGCUGGAGCAUGUUAGCUUAAGAAAUGUUGUGUUUGAUGCCCUACUCAUCUUGUGGUGGACAUGUUGCUGUUACCUAAUUUGCACCAAAUAUUUUUUCAUAGAUUCCUUAUUUUGGUGCCUGAUUAAUACAUUGCAGAGGGGGAAAUAAAGAGGUCAAACAUCUCCAUCCUUGGGGUGGGGGAAAGAGGAGGAAAAGCAAAAUCCUGUUUACAGUCAGAAGGGUUUGUGCUCUUUGCCUCAGCCGCGUGUGCUUCUUUCCCUUGCAUUUACAGUGUGUUGCAAAUUUAGAGAAGCUUAAUAAAAAUAAAAAUUGGGGAUAAAAUGAACGAAGCAAUAGGGAAAAGCUUCGUUCCUGCUUGUCUGCUGGUGCUGGACACUUUCUGUAGCGGCACAGUAUUUGAGUAGAUGCUGUUUCUUUGCUUUCUGUAUUUUAACAAAGUAGCUUGUCAUAUCAAAAUCCAAGGAAGUUCUGUCUA